AUGAGCCGCCCAAUCCCAAUCAGUCCACACCAUUUCGAUCUGUACGAACUGUUACGUUACAACCGGGAAGCGCCUCGAUCUGUACGAUCUGUACCAUUUCGUCGCUGUCUGAUUCCUCCGGCGGCGAUCAUCAACGUUCCGAUCUGUUCCGUUCCAACAGUUCCGGAGGCCGAGUUAAUUCCAGGGCUGCCGGACUGUCUCGCUCUCGAGUGCCUCAUCCGCGUCCCCUUCCAUGCCAUCCUCGACGCUCGGGGCGUCUGCAAGAGGUGGAAGCACGAACUUGACUCGCCGUCCUUCUACCGCAUCCGCAGAGCCGCCGGCCUCGCUCCCCGCGUCGUGACGUUGCUCUUCCGGGGCAAACUCCCGCACACCGUCGGCAAGUUUCACCUAGCCCUAUACGAGCCCGACACGGGCGUCUUCACGAUGCGGCAGCUGGCCUCCAACCGCCCCAAUUUCAAGAAGGGCAUCCGUAUUCAUGCCAUGGUCGUCGGGCGAGAGCUGGUGGUGAUCGGUGGAUGGGACGUGUUGGAAAACCGCAGUACUGCCGAGGUUAACAUCUACGAUCUACUCUCCGGGGCAUGGCGUCCAGGCGCGCCAAACCCGGCUCCAGGGCGGACUUGCUGCGUGUACGGCUUGAAGGGAGGGAAGGUGUUCGUAGUCGGCGGGAGAGUCAAAAAGCUCGUCUACGACGUGGCUGACGACAAGUGGUUUGACAGGGACGCGAAUGGCAAAAAGCUGCGAUCGGCGCUCGUCUAUGACGUGGCUGCCGACACCUGGCUUGAGAUACCGGAUUUGGGACAGGACAAGUGUCAAGGGACUUCCAUCAACGGGAGCUUCUGCAGUAAAUUUUGGCAAACCCGGGAGGAAUACAACAAUGCUAUUCAAUAUUGCAGGGAGUUGUUGUUAUUAGACGACAAGUGCUACCUCCGCAUGACCAAGGACGGGAAAGAGAUAGCUAUAUGCGUUCGUAAGGGGAAAGUGAUGAUGGAGGAAGUAAGACUGAGUGAUGACGUCUUAGGGACGUUGCAACAGCGGUUAGGCCUACGGCCAAAGGAGGUCCACCUAUAUCUUAAAUCAUAUAUUUUAGACCGGUUGUGA